AUGCCUAUUCGCGACUCUGUCCGUGGCUUUCAAAAAAGACUCGCAAAAGAAAUCGGCGAAAAUGAAACAGUCCGAAAGCACGCUGGCAAGAUGAAGCGGACCAAUACUGAACAUUUUCAACAACCAAAGGAACAAGCUGGCCUGCUCGUCACAGCUGACCUCGAUGCUGCAAUCCAACGCUGCAAGGCUAAAGUCGAGACUAUUGCCAAGGAUUGUCGUGCACGCAACCGUCGCUUCCGCGACGUCGAGUUUGACCUUGUCGACGACCGCGAUCGUUGCCUGCAUAGCCUGGACACCGAAGGGGACGACCGCCAUAGCCCAGCUGAUGUUCUACGUGUGACCGACAUUUUCCACAAUGUGACCACAUUCUUCGUCGAUGGUGUCGGCGCAGGAGAUAUAUCCCAAGGCUCACUCGGUGAUUGUUGGUUCCUGAGCGCUCUGACAACGAUUACUACAAUGCCCCAUCUCAUUGAGAAAAUUUGCGUUGCGCGUGACGAACAAGUUGGAGUAUACGGUUUCAUUUUCUAUCGUGACUCGGGCUGGCACGAGGUUGUCAUCGACGAUUACCUCUUCACCAAAGUUCCAAAAUGGGAGUGCAUUACAGGUCGCGAGCAGAUGCUUUAUCACCGCAGCAAAGAUAAGUACAACUCGACUGCCCGCAAGGGUGGUAGGACGCUUCUCUUUGCCUCUUGUGGAGAAGAGGAAGAGACCUGGGUGCCACUCAUUGAGAAGGCCUACGCAAAAUUGAUGGGCGACUACUCUGCAAUGAGCGGCGGGUUUGCUGCUGAAGGAAUCGAAGACCUUACUGGUGGUGUCUCGACGAAGCUUGAGAUUUCAGAUAUUCUUGACAAGGACAAGUUUUGGACCCAUGAACUCAUGCAUGCAAACGAGGAUCGUCUUUUUGGCUGCUCGAUUAAACAGGACGGCGCUGAUGAACAAGUGAAUGGUCUCUUGCAAGGACACGCAUAUUCUGUCAUCAAAGCUGUGGAGGUAAACGGAAAGCGUUUCGUUCGUCUCCAUAACCCAUGGGGUCACCACGAAUGGAACGGCCGCUGGUCUGACGGCUCCAAGGAGUGGACACCCGAAUGGAUGGCCCUUCUUCCUGAAAUCGGGCAUAAAUUCGGCAACGACGGCGAGUUUGUGAUGGAGUACUCCGACUUUUUGAAGACCUGGAGUGUCAUCGAUAGAUGCCGCGUCUUUGAUAAGACUUGGUCCAUGAGCUCCCUUUGGCUCGAUGCAAUGUGCCGGCCAUUCCCAUGUGCCUGGAAUUACGGGGACGUUUCAUUUACUGUCAAAGUCGAAGAAGCAACUCCUGCCAUUGUCGUUCUCUCUCGUAUCGAUGACCGGCCGUUCCAGCUCUUGUCAGGGUGCUACGUUUGGAAUAUGGACUUCAAUAUUUUUCGCAAGGGCGAUGAAAAAGAAGACCCACUCCACAGCUCGAACCAUACAGGAUUCUGGCGUCGUAGCGUCAACUUGGAGAUCGACCUCGAACCAGGCGAGUACGUUGUACAUGUCCGGCUAGACCGGGAGAUGACACGACCCGGAAAUUAUUUGUCCGAGAAGACGUUGAAACCUAGGAAGUUGUCCCGAGUACUAUCGGAACAAAUGCAGGCCAAAUCAGUUGCAGUCAAUUUCAAUAGCGGCCUGAGCCGGCACUUGAAGGUCGCGCGUGGUACAUAUGCUAACAAGGAUCUAACCGAGCUUGAAAUAAUUCGUCUCCAGCCUAACCCUGAUAUUAUUGAGCAAGACGAGGAUGACCAAUGUGAUCAUAAUGAUGACGAAGAAGGCGAGGAAGACAAUGGAAAAGAAAAGAACGAUGGGGAAGGCAGUGACGAGCAAGAACAUGAUGACGAUGAAGACAACAAUGAAGAAGUCGGUGUGACCGUACAGGAAGACGAUCAAGCGCCCUCGGGGGCAGCACACCGGCGUAAUUGUGACGGAUGUGGGAUGGCGCCAAUUAUCGGAACCCUCUAUCACUGCAUGGACAUAUCGUGUGCGGAUUAUGACCUCUGUCAGGGAUGUAUGGCCGCCGGUAAACACAAUCCUAAUCAUACCAUGGUUGCUAUUGGAGACCCCAGUCGCACACCUUAUCUUUCCAAGACGGACGAGGACGAUAGUGACAAUGCGAUUACCCUCGGUCUACGCGUGUACAGCAAGUCUUCUACCCCUGUCGUCGUAAAUGGCCAAUUGCGCCAUGGGUCUGUGAUUCACUGGACCAAGGAGGAGAUCUAA